AUGGACGUGGUCGUGGACAAGGAGAAGGAGAAAGAGAUAACAAUGGCUCUUUCAAUAAUGACUUUGUACAAAGUAGUCAAUUUUCAACAUCAAGGUCGCGUGGAAGAGGAAGAAGCCGCGGUCGUGGAAGAGAUAAUCAUUCAAACCCAAGAAGAUGCCAAUAACCAAGUUGAAGAGCAAGCUCAUUUUGUUGAAGAAAAAGAGAUUGAAGUAGGACCCACUUUGUUGCUUGCGGUCAAGCAAAAUGAAGAGCUGGGAGAAACUUUCUGGUAUCUUGACAAUGGUGCUAGUAAUCAUAUGUGCGGCGACAAAAGGAAAUUUGUAGAGCUUGAUGAGACAUGGAAAGGAUAUGUCACUUUUGGCGACUCCUCAAACGUUCCAAUCAUGGGAAAAGGUACAAUUCUAAUUCAUUUGAAGAAUGGUGAUCAUCGAAUCAUAUCAGACGUAUAUUUUGUGCCAAAAAUGAAGAGCAAUAUUUUGAGCUUGGGUCAAUUUUUGGAAAGAGGUUAUGAAAUUCUCAUAAAAGAUCGUUGUCUUUCUUUAAAGGAUGAAAGAAAUAAUUUGGUUGCAAAAGUUUCAAUGACAAAGAAUCGAAUGUUUCUGUUAAAUAUUCAAACUAAUGUGGCCAAGUGCUUGAAAGCAAGUGUGAAAGAUAUGUCAUGGUGA